GCCAUUGCUGAUCGGAUACCUGCAAUUUGUCGGACUUUCGAGAAAAGAGUAAGAAACGAUAGGCGAACAAUGCUUUGAAUCAGCAGAACUCAUUGUUUCAAACAGUGAAUGAGUUUCUCCUUCUGAAAGAGUUGGAGUGAAGGAUUUCUCUCUCUACGUAUCAAUCUGAUUGUGUGCUUUGCACUGUUAGAUUCAACUUAGUUGCAGUGAAAGGAUUUCUCUCUCUACAUAUCAAUCUCCUUGCUCCCUUUUCUGGCCUGAUUGUGUGUUUUGAACUGUUAGAUUCAACUUAGUUGCAUCGAAAGGAUUUCUCUCUCUACAUAUUAAUCUCCUUGUGCCCUUCUCUAGCCUGAACUGUUAGUUUAAACUUGAGUGCAGUGAAAGAGUCUCUCUCUACAUAUCAAUCUCCUUGUGCCUUUUUCUCGCCUGAACUGUUAGUUUAAACUUAUUUACUCUCUACCUGUGAAUCUCAUUGCGUGUUUUGAACUGUUAUACCCUUUUUGAACAGUUAGUUUAAACUAUAUAUCAAUCCCAUUUUACCCUUUCUCGCCUGAACGGUCCGAAUACUUUGGUUGAGUUGAUUUUCAGUCCGAAUACCUUGGUUGAGUCGAUUUUCUGAACUGUCCGAAUACUUUGGUUGAGUUGAUUUUCAGUCCGAAUACCUUGGUUGAGUCGAUUUUCUGAACGGUCCGAAUACUUUGGUUGAGUCGAUUUUUAGUCCGAACACCUUGGUCGAGUCGAUUUUCUGAACACUGGUUUAAACACAAUUGAAGAGAUUGGAUUUCUCUCUCUCUGGUUUAAACACAAUUGAAGAGAUUGGAUUUCUCUCUCUCUGUCGUUGUGCGUCUGAACUGCUAGUUUACUAGUUAGAGGAUUUUUCUCUUUAAAUAUAAAUUUCGGUUUGCGUUUCUUAGCCUUAGUUUAAACUUUGAGGCACUGGCCUUGGCUAUCAAAGGGUUUUCCUAAAUUUGAGAGAGUGAACAAUGGCUCAAUAUGGAAUGCAAGAGCCGAGGAAGCUUCGAAAGACAUCGUCUUCAUCAUCAGUGGAAGACGGUGUUGCAGAGCCUGUUGAUCCUGCGACAUUUGCAAGGAGUUAUCAAAUUGAUGCAUUUGAGAUGGCGAAGAAGCAGAACACGAUUGUGUUCUUGGAUACUGGCGCUGGAAAAACUCUGAUCGCUGUAAUGUUGGUGCGUCAUUACGCCCAUUAUUUGCGAAAGCCAUCGGAUAAUGUGGCGAUUUUCCUUGUUCCCACUGUUCAUUUGGUAAAGCAGCAAGCUGAUGUGCUUAAAAUGUACACUGACCUUAAAGUCGGUGUAUUCUGGGGUGAGAUGGGGGUUGAUUUGUGGAGUGGGGUGAAAUGGAAGGAACAAUUGCAGAUGUAUGAGGUGCUUGUGAUGACAGCCCAAAUUCUGCUGGACAACCUACGUCACUGCUUUUUCAAGCUGGAGAUGAUUAAAUUGCUAAUAUUUGAUGAAUGCCACCAUGCAAAGGGACGAAGUCCUUAUGCUUGUAUAAUGAAGGAGUUCUAUCACAGGGAGUAUCCUCUUAAUUCAAGAAUACCAAGGAUAUUUGGGAUGACUGCUUCUCCGGUUAAUUCCAAGGGAUUGGACUCACAACAAGGUUAUGGGAAUAAAAUCCAAGACCUUGAAACUCUGUUGAAUUCAAAGGUGUUUACAACAGUGGAGGAAUCUGAGUUGGCUGCAUAUAUCCCAUCUUCAAAUGUUAAGCUCAAACUUUACAAUCAUGUAGACAUUCCAUGUUAUCUAUCUUCAUCCAUAUUUGCCCGUCUGCAGGAUUUGAAAUUGAAGCAUACUUGCGAUUUGGAUGGGGUUCCUGCUAAUGGAUAUGUCAAUGAUAGUGUAAGGCGAAAGAUAGCGAGGCUCCAUGACACCUUUCUUUUCUGCAUACAAGAAUUGGGUGUUUGGUUGGCAGCGAAGGCUGCAGAGUCUUUGUCAACCAAUGAAACUGAAAUUUUCCUUUUUGAUUGGAUGAACGAUGAAGUCAACAAGAACACCGUGAGAAGUUUCAGCCAGGAUGUUCUGGAGAUGCUAUCGGAAUAUAUCCCAACCGGUGAAUUAUGGCAUAUCGGCAGUAAUCUCAAAGCUGAUUUAGAUGCUGGACUUUUGAGUGGAAAGGUCCAUUGCCUCAUUCAAUCACUUAUGGAAUACAGGAAAGAGAAGCAUCUCAGAUGUAUAAUUUUCGUAGAAAGGGUAAUAACAGCAAUUGUUCUUAAAGAGUUGCUAAACCAGCUUCAAAAGUUUUCAAUCUGGAAGACAACUUAUAUGGCUGGAAACAAUUCUUGUUUGCAAUCCCAAACUAGAGUUCAACAAAUUAAUGUUGUUGAUAACUUUCGUGGAGGCAUGGUGAAUAUUAUUGUUGCAACACAAAUUCUUGAGGAGGGAUUGGAUGUUCAAAGUUGCAAUCUGGUUAUUAGGUAUGAUCCUUCAGUUACUGUGAGGAGCUUUAUCCAAUCCCGAGGUCGUGCACGUAUGCCAGGUUCCGACUAUUUAUUAAUUGUUGAAAGUAAGGAUUAUGCUACAUUCCGGAGGAUAGACAAGUAUCUUGUUAGUGGAAAAGUAAUGAGAACGGAGUCUCUACGGAGGAAGUUUGAUCCUGCAUUGCCCAUUGAAAAUCCUUUGCAUUCUGGUGAAUAUUAUCGUGUUGAAACUACUGGGGCAAUUGUUACACUUAACUCAAGUGUAGCUUUGAUCUAUCGUUAUUGCUCGCAAUUACCUGCUGAUCGGUAUUUUAAAUCUUGCCCGAGAUUUGAUAUUGAUGAGGAACGUGGCUUUUGCAUCUUGCGGCUUCCUAAAAGUUGCCCAAUUCCACCAGUUAAGGUACAUGGGCAAACUGAUGUGUUGAAACAGAGUGCAUGUCUUGUCGCAUGUAAGAGGCUUCAUGAAGUUGGUGCUCUGACGGAUUAUCUAUUACCUUUGACUGAAGAUGCAGAGGAUGAUGCUUCUAUGGGAAGUGGAGGAGAACCGUGUGAAGAGUUUCAUGCCAUGUAUUUCCCCCAAGAAUUAAUUGGGCACUUGAAGAAAGGUUGCGGCAAGGAAUUGUAUGAUUGCUACUCCAUUACCUUACAUAGCAAUGUUGAUCAUGGUUGGGAGUUCAGAAGUCUUCUACUUAUGGUUAAAUGUAACCUGGGUUAUGAUUUCGAGCAGUUGAGUUUUGUGAUGGGACCAAAUCAAGUUUCAGUUGCUGUGAACAUGGGAUAUGCUGGUACCCGUGAACUUGAUGUAGAACAGGUUCUCAUGGCUAGGCGUUUUCAAACCACGAUUUUUAAAAUUCUUAUAACCGGAAAUGUAAGCGAAAUGAGAGAGUCAUUAGAAAGACUUAAUCAAGGGGAAACUUGUUGCACUCAAAUCGAAUAUUUACUGCUACCAUCUAUUGGUUCUGGAUUUACGUCAUCUCAAAUUGAUUGGGAUAGUGUUCGGUCAGCCUCAGCCCUAAAUCCAGACCGUGCAAAAAAUUAUCAAAAAUGUCAUUGUUCUCCUAAAAGCAAUGCUCAUUUUGUACGACUCACAAAUGGUACUUCUUGUGAUUGCUUGCUGAGGAAUUCAUUGGUUUUAACACCACAUAAUGGAAAGAUUUACUACAUUAGUAGUAUUUUGCAUGAUAUGGAUGGGAACUCUCCCAUGAAACAAGAUCGAAAGCAUGGAGCGCCACGUACCUAUAAGGAGUACUUUAAAUGGAGGCAUGAUAUUUUGUUGCAACAUGAGAUGGAACCUUUGCUUCUUGGAAGGCACCUUUUUAAGGUCCAGAAUUGGCUUUUGAAGCACCCCUGUAAAGUAGGGACAGAAGCAAUUAAUGCAACUGUAGAGUUGCCUCCAGAACUAUGUUGUAUCAUUAUGUUCCCCAUAUCUAUUUCCACCAUUUAUACAUUUUCACUUGUUCCAUCUAUCAUGCAUCGGAUAGAGGCCUUUCUCCUUGCAGCUCAGUUGAAAAGGACUAUUGUGGGUCAACAUGCUAGAGAUCUCAAUAUUCCCAUAAUAAAGGUAUUGGAAUGUCUUACGACUAAGAAAUGCCAAGAAGAAUUCUCUUUGGAGUCUUUGGAGACUCUUGGUGAUUCUUUUUUAAAGUCUGUGGCGUGUCAACAUUUAUUUAUGACUUAUGAAAACCAUCACGAGGGCCUUCUCAGUUCAAAAAAGGACAAGAUGGUUUCAAAUGCUACCCUUUACAGGCUUGGAUGUGAUCGUGAGCUAUCGGGUUAUAUCAGGAAUGAAUCUUUUGAUCCUCAAACUUGGAGUAGUCCUGGUGAUUGUUUACCUACUAAUAAGGACCACAAAAGCUUUUCCUUGUCUUCCAAGAAAACGUAUGUUAAGGGACAGAAGAAAUUCAAGGCCAAAGUAGUUGCUGAUGUUGUGGAGGCAUUAAUUGGCGCAUUCCUUAGUACAAAUGGUGAGCAAGCUGCAUUACUUUUUAUGGAUUGGAUGGGUAUAAAGGUUGAUAUUUUCAAGGAUCCAUUGAUUGAGAGGCCACAUCUUCUGCAACCUGAGAGAUUUGUGAAUGUUAGUCUCAUUGAGACGCUCUUGAAAUACAAAUUUCAUGACUGUUCAUUAUUGGUGGAGGCAUUAACUCACGGAUCAUAUCAAGUUGAAGAUACUCUAGCAAGUUAUCAGCGAUUAGAGUUCCUUGGAGACUCAGUUUUGGAUUACCUACUUACUAAACACUUCUACAACAUGUAUCCGAGAAUAUCUCCACAAUUAUUAACAGAUCUCAGGUCUGCUUCUGUGAAUAAUUAUUGUUAUGCACAUGUAGCAGUUAAAGCUGGUUUGCAUAAGCACAUUCUCUAUGCAUCAAGUGAGCUGCACUCACAAAUUGCAUCCUCUAUUAAGUGCAUAAAGGACCUAUCUCUUUCAGCAUCAAUGUUUGGGUGGGAAGCUGAUACAGAAUUUCCCAAGGUGCUUGGAGAUGUAAUCGAAUCAAUAGCUGGGGCCAUUCUGGUUGAUUCUGGCUUUAACAAGGAGGUAGUCUGGAGAAGCAUUAGACCUAUAUUAGAACCAUUGGUCACUCUAGAAACAGUGAAGAUCGAACCCGUGAGGGAGCUUGAAGAACUCUGUUCGAAAAGAUCAUAUAAGAAGGAAAAGUCAUUUUCAGUUGCAGAUGGUUUGACUUAUGCUACAUUCACUGUGAAAGUGGAUGGAGUGUCCUAUAGCAAUACUUGCUCUGCAAGAAACAGAAAGAUGGCAAAAAAAUUUGCUGCAAAAGCAUUACUGGAGACUAUGAAGGCCAGUAUUCCUGGACUCUGACCCUGCUAUUGCUUGUGCAGUGAAAAAUAAACCACUUUGCUGUUUUGCUAAGAAUUUAUGUGAUUAUGUUUUUUGGUGGAUCUGUGGGAAAAUUCAGCGGUGGGUUUUGAAUCUCGAGGUUUUAUUACAGUUGCGAACACCUAAAUUGUCGAGCUAGAUCCCCAAAUCCAGUCAUCUAGUGGUUUAUUCUAGUCAACUUGUGGAUCAUUUUACAAGGGGAAGUCCUUGCAGAUGUGCAGAUUGCGUUUUGAUUUGUCCUUUUGUUCCGAACCAUCCAUCCAGAUCAAGAAUCAGUGCUAGGGCUGGAUGGGGUGUCCCUCGCAACAAUAUACAGGUUUUGUGAAGCUUUUUUGCUAUAUAUGCAAUAAAUGUUAUUUGUUGGGUGGUUUUUGGGGCCAGGUAUCCAGCCCCAUGUAAAGAAAAAGUGUGUAUCUUCGUUUAAUGAGCAAUAGAAAGUCUUUGUCUAAUAUUGUUUUUGCUAAGUUGUCCAUAGGUUCUGCAUCCUAGUCUAGUUGAAUCUAUCAUUGUUGUUUGACAUUAUGUAAUGCAUUGCUCAAACCAUCAAAAGAAAAUCCGAAGUAGUGCCGGGAGACGUGUUGAAU